GGCGGCGCGCAGUCCGGCUCUACGAGCCUCCAUGACAUUGGGCGCCCGGGGCGCGCGGAGAUGCUGAUCCGGAAGAGGCAGUGGCUGCAGUGCAGCGCGCGAGGCUGCUCACGCGCCGCGGUUCGGCCUGGGCUGCUGUGCCAGAGUUUCUGAUCGCACCCGAACCGGGACCCCAGGAGACUGAAUCCCCAGCACAGAGCAGCGGCGUCGGCGGCGCCCCAACUUGCUUGCACGCGCGGAGUGACCCCAGACAUCUUACUAAAAUGAGCGUGCUUAGCAGGAAGAGAUGUGUUCCCUACACUAGAAAUUACCCCGUCACAUGUAGUGGUGUCCCAAUUAAUGGAUUCUGACAUGGAUUAUGAAAGGCCAAACGUAGAGACCAUCAAGUGCGUGGUGGUGGGGGACAACGCCGUGGGCAAGACCAGGCUCAUCUGUGCCCGGGCCUGCAAUGCCACCCUCACCCAGUACCAGCUUCUUGCCACCCAUGUGCCCACAGUGUGGGCCAUUGACCAGUAUCGAGUAUGUCAAGAGGUGCUAGAACGUUCCCGAGAUGUGGUAGAUGAUGUCAGUGUCUCCCUGCGCCUCUGGGACACCUUUGGAGACCACCACAAAGACCGGCGAUUUGCUUAUGGAAGAUCUGACGUGGUGGUUCUGUGUUUCUCCAUUGCCAACCCCAAUUCCCUCCACCAUGUCAAGACCAUGUGGUACCCAGAAAUCAAGCAUUUCUGCCCCCGAGCUCCUGUCAUUCUGGUGGGCUGCCAGCUGGACCUUCGCUAUGCUGAUCUGGAAGCCGUUAACCGUGCCAGGAGACCCUUGGCUAGGCCCAUCAAGCCCAAUGAGAUCCUCCCUCCAGAGAAGGGUCGGGAAGUGGCCAAGGAGCUGGGGAUCCCUUACUACGAGACCAGCGUGGUGGCCCAGUUUGGUAUCAAGGACGUCUUUGACAAUGCCAUCCGGGCUGCACUCAUCUCCCGCCGCCACCUGCAGUUCUGGAAAUCUCAUCUGCGCAAUGUGCAGCGGCCUCUACUGCAAGCACCCUUCCUGCCCCCCAAGCCACCGCCCCCCAUCAUCGUGGUGCCCGACCCCCCCUCCAGCAGCGAGGAGUGCCCCGCCCACCUCCUGGAAGACCCGCUCUGUGCGGACGUCAUCCUGGUGCUGCAGGAACGCGUGCGCAUCUUUGCCCACAAGAUCUACCUCUCCACCUCCUCCUCCAAAUUCUAUGACUUGUUCCUCAUGGACCUGAGUGAGGGGGAGUUGGGGGGCCCCUCAGGGCCAGGGGGCCCCCGCCCAGAGGACCACCGGAGCCACCCUGAGCAACACCAUCAUCAUCACCAUCACCACCAUGGGCGGGACUUCCUGCUUCGGGCAGCCAGCUUUGAUGUGUGUGAGAGUGUGGACGAGGCUGGGGGCUCUGGUCCUGCUGGCCUCCGGGCUUCAACCAGUGAUGGAAUCUUAAGGGGUAAUGGAACAGGGUACCUUCCAGGCAGAGGGCGUGUGCUUUCCUCCUGGAGCCGAGCUUUUGUGAGUAUCCAGGAAGAGAUGGCGGAGGAUCCUCUGACCUUCAAAUCCCGGCUAAUGGUGGUGGUGAAGAUGGAUAGCUCUAUUCAGCCGGGACCCUUCCGGGCUGUUCUCAAGUACCUGUACACAGGGGAGUUGGGUGAGAAUGAGAGAGACCUCAUGCACAUUGCCCACAUUGCCGAGCUGCUAGAGGUCUUUGAUCUGCGUAUGAUGGUGGCCAACAUUCUUAACAACGAGGCCUUCAUGAAUCAGGAGAUCACCAAGGCCUUCCAUGUCCGCCGGACCAACCGGGUUAAGGAGUGCUUGGCAAAGGGCACCUUCUCAGAUGUGACCUUCAUCCUGGAUGAUGGGACCAUCAGCGCCCAUAAACCUCUCCUGAUUUCCAGCUGUGACUGGAUGGCCGCCAUGUUUGGGGGGCCCUUUGUGGAGAGUUCUACCAGGGAGGUGGUGUUCCCGUACACGAGCAAGAGCUGCAUGCGAGCCGUGCUGGAGUACCUCUACACGGGCAUGUUCACCUCCAGCCCAGACCUGGAUGACAUGAAGCUCAUAGUCCUAGCCAACCGCCUCUGCCUGCCGCACUUGGUCGCCCUCACAGAGCAGUACACGGUGACCGGGCUGAUGGAAGCGACCCAGAUGAUGGUGGACAUCGAUGGGGAUGUCCUUGUGUUCCUGGAACUGGCGCAGUUCCACUGUGCGUAUCAGUUGGCCGACUGGUGUCUCCACCACAUCUGCACCAACUACAAUAACGUGUGCCGCAAGUUCCCCCGAGACAUGAAGGCUAUGUCCCCGGAAAACCAGGAGUACUUCGAGAAGCACCGGUGGCCGCCAGUCUGGUACCUGAAAGAAGAGGACCACUAUCAGCGCGCGCGGAAGGAGCGCGAGAAAGAGGACUACUUACACCUGCGGAGGCAGCCCAAGCGGCGGUGGCUGUUCUGGAACAGUCCCUCAUCGCCAUCCUCUUCAGCAGCGGGCUCAGCGUCCCCGUCCUCCUCCUCCUCGGCCGUGGUCUGAGAUGCUGCCACCCUCUUCUGAUCCUGCUGCUGUUGUCCUCAUUAGCCCUUGUCCUUCUGCUCUUCUUUACCAUCCUCUCCACCCGACAGGGCACGAGGGAACUCACCUAACCAGGGCCCUACGGGCAGAGCCGUUCUCACCAGCCAAUGUGGCUCAGGCCAAGAGGAGCCCGGCCCUGCAGAUCAGAACAGGGUCCACCUCCAAUUCCAGGCAGAGCAGGAAGACAUCUGCCCCGAGGUGGGGAGCAGGGCAGAGCUCAGAGCUCUGGUGUUUUCUCUCUGGACUUGACAAUAGAGCCAAUGGAGGAAAGCUUCCCUGGA